AUGACCAAUACAAAACAAUUUGAAAACCGUGUCGCUGUUAUCACAGGCGGAAGCAGAGGAAUCGGAAAGGCCGUUGCUACUGCACUUGUCGAACAAGGUGCCAAGGUGGUGUUGGGCGAUGUACUCCAAGCUGAAGGCGAGGCAACAGCCCAGGAGCUCAACACAAAGGCCAACGCCAAAGUAGCAGCUUUCAUCCGUACUGAUGCGACCAAGUACAAGGACAAUGCCGCCAUGUUUAAGUUGGCAGAGAAAGAAUUUGGUGGUGUCGAUAUUGCUUUCUUGAACGCUGGUAUCGGUCAAAGUAAUCCGCUCUUUGCCCCCUUUGAUGAUGAAGCGGACGAGCGGAUCAUGGAUAUCAAUACUACAGCCGUUAUGAAAGGAACCAAGAUAGCUCUGGUCCAUAUGGCCAAGCGUGGUGGCGGAACCAUUGUCAAUACGGCAUCCUUUUACGGCAUUUAUCCUGAGGCCUAUGUGGCAUCAAAACAUGCUGUGGUUGGAUGGACGAGAAGUCUUUACAUGCUUCCCAAAGUGUGCAAUGUGCGCGUCAACGCUGUGUGCCCUUAUUAUGCAGAUACCGACAUUAUCAAGUUCUCCCCAGAAUUAGCCGAGCAAUACCCACAAUUGAAAUUGAUUUCAAAGCUCCCUCGUGUAAAUGUGGAUACUGUGGUAAAGGCGGUGUUGACAUUGAUGGAGGAUGAGACUCGUAACGCUCAAGUACUUUUUGCACUCCCUGGUGAUGUUAUCCGCCCCCAUGAAUUUACCGAAUCUCUGCCCGAGGCUGACACUCCCGAAGCUCGAAAAGCAAGGAAAGAAUACGAGGAAGCUUAUCCUGAAUUCCUCAAGGCACAAUUGGCUGCAUCAAUCGAGGCCUAUGAUCAAGAAUAUGGUAGCAAUUAA